AUGUCGAUGCGAAGCCUCUCAAACAAUUCCAGACCAGCCCCCGAAAUACUGAUGCUUGCCAAACAGGUCCGCUACGCCCCCGCCGAGCGAAUCCCCAGCGCCAAAUCGGCUCGCAGCCGUGGCAGCUAUCUUCGUGUCAGCUUCAAGAACACCCGUGAGACUGCCCAAGCCAUCAACGGCUGGAAGGUCGGCCGCGCCAUCCAAUACCUCGAGAAUGUGCAGGAGUUCAAGGAGGCUGUUCCCAUGAGACGAUAUGCUGGAAGCACUGGACGAAGUGCACAAGGCAAGCAAUUCGGCGUCUCUAAAGCCCGCCACCCCGUCAAAUCCGCAGAGUUCCUCCUCGGACUGCUCAAGAACGCCGAAGCCAACGCCGACACCAAGGGCCUCGACACCUCCAACCUGAUCGUCAAGCACAUCCAAGUCAACCAAGCCCCCAAGCAGCGCCGCCGAACAUACCGUGCCCACGGUCGCAUCAACCCAUACAUGUCCAACCCCUGCCACAUCGAGCUGAUCCUCACCGAGGCCAACGAGGAGGUCAGCAAGGAGUUGGGUGUGACCGGCGGAAGAUUGAAUGCCAGACAGCGCGGUGCCCAGAGACGAAAGGCCAUCACUUCAUCAUAG